AUGUUUGCGUCGUUUUCACAUUACUUGCUCCAGCUGAUCUGGCUGGUUGGGGCCGUAUCAGCUGUUCCGUUCCACACCAAAUUCCACAGUCCCACUGUCACUAUCAAGAAUGGGUCUGUUAUUGGCGCAUAUAAUCCCAAUUAUCAUCAAGAUCUUUUCCUGGGAAUACCUUUCGCAACACCACCUGUGGGUCAGCUUCGCUUUGCUCGUCCACAGCCAGUGAACCAAAGCUGGUCGGAGCCAAGGGUCGCACAGCAGUACGGCCCCUUUUGCUUCGGAGUCAGUGUUGGUCUCACUGGUUUUGACCAAAAGACAAUCUCGUACGAUGAGAACGAAGACUGUCUAACCAUCAAUGUUAUCCGCCCUUCUGGGAUGCACUAUGAUGAACCAGGACUGCCCGUCUUGGCGUGGAUUCAUGGCGGUGGCUUUCAGGAGGGUGGCAGCGGCGAUGCGCGCUACAACAUGUCCUACCUCGUACAGACAUCGACAGAGAUGUCAAAGCCAAUUAUUGGUGUCAGCUUCAACUAUAGAGUGAGCACUUUCGGCUUUGCCUCAGGACGAGACUUCAGAGACGCAGGCAUGACCAACAUCGGCCUGCACGACCAGCGCUUGGCACUCCAAUGGAUACAGGAGAAUAUUGAGUCUUUUGGAGGGGACCCUCGGCGCGUCACUAUUCAUGGUGAAUCUGCUGGUGCUCUAUCGGUUGGCUACCACCUGCUCGCCAAUGGCGGCGACUCUAAUAGACUCUUCAGUGCUGCUAUAGCAGAGAGCGGAGGACCGUUCUUUGCGAGAAUGGUAGCCGACGAAGCAGCACAAGACUCCGAGCUCGACAAAGUGCUUCAAGACACAGGAUGUUCGGCCUCUUCCAACGUCAUCUCUUGCCUACGAGACAUCCAUGCCGACAAAUUGAAGGCUGUCUCCGCAAAUAGCUCCUGGUAUCCUAUUAUUGACAACGAUUUGUGGACUGAUUUGAGUUCUGUCGCGCUUGGAAAGGGAGCCUUUGCCAAAGUCCCACUCCUGAUCGGCACCAAUACGAAUGAAGGCACCCCAUUUGUGCCUCUCUUCUCUAGUAUUGAGGCGAACAGCUCCGCAGACUUUGCAGCGACAGUCAAGAUCUUUCAUGCACCUUUCAAUAUUUCAGACGAAACAGUCAAUCGGCUAGAUCAAUUUUAUGAUGCUGCCGUGGCAGAUGACUCCUGUGCCGAGCUUGGCACCGUUCUACCUGAUCCUUCUUACCCUUACGGAUCUGCAUAUGGCAAAGUCUCUUUGCUGCUCGGAGACCUCCUGUUCAUCGCAGGUAGACGCAUCACUGCCGAGUCUUGGGCAGCCCAUAAUGCCACCGUUUACAGCUACCGCUUCGAUACCGUGCCAGCUGACUUGGAUCCGCUCACACUUGGGGCAGCACACUUUCAAGAGGUGGCGUUCGUAUUUGGGGACACGAGCGGUCUGGGGUUUGAAUCAAAUCCAUUUUCUGUGUCUUCAUUAGCGCUCAGAAAUAAAUAUGUCAAUAUGAGCAAGAUGAUGGGGCGCAUGUGGGUCAACUUUGUCAACGACGGUAACCCAAAUGAAGAUUCCAAGUUGAGUAUGGACUGGCCUUCUUACACGGCUUCAGAUCCUGUGAAUUUCGUCUUCAAUGCGAGUCGAGGGAUGACCUUGGAAGCAGAUGAUUUUAGGAAAGGAGCUAUGGACUUGAUCCGCGAGAUGGCGCCAGAUGUCGGGCGUUGA